CACCAGUGUACAAUUUCACCCAGAAGUGCCCUGGCCAUUCUUCAGUUGCUAUUCAAGCCUACAAUGUAGAAUUCAGUUUUUUUCAGCUAGGUGACAUCAUGCCAGCACAUGAAAAGGGAGGGGGGAGAUUGGUUUUGCGGGCAUCGAAAGCAAAACCUCCGUGCCUUCACACAUACAAAGAAAUGGAGCGGAUUGCAAUUAGAUACCAAGAAGAUAGAAUGACAAUUUGAUAAUUGUGGUUUCCUUUUUUUCUAUUACCUAGAAGAACUGAAAAAUGCCAGGAUACUGUCGGUUAUUUUUCUGCAUAGAAGGCAAUAUUCCGUCAUGCCCAUGAGGGAUAUCACUUACAGCCUCUUUUAUUUCGCUAAGGAGACCUGUUUUCAAAAUAAAACUAAGCCAUACCCGUACAACAAAGAGGAUCGCGGAAAGGCUAAUCUAAGGUGAACAGCUCGGGUGUAUUUUUGUACUCUGGACUUAAUGACAUUGGUUUCUGGGCCAGCGCACUGGCUGCGGGACUGUAUUAUAGGAGGGAGAUACCCGGGAUAAACACGGAGGAGUGUGUUGGUAGGUGGGUGUGUGUGAGGCGAGAUCUUUAGUGAAACUGGUGGGGUUUAGUCUCGAGCGCUGGCACAUGUGCGUUGCUCAACAAAGUCUUGUAGAGGAUCUGGAUCCACCUGUUUUUCAUCAUCUCCAAGGCUCAGCGGCAGCAGUAUGAAGAUGUGGGCGAUUUCAGCGCUCUAAGAAUCACCACAAUCCCGCUGCAAUCAUGAUUAUGACUGAAAAAUUAAAUUCCCUCCAUCAAUGAACCAGUAAGAAAUUGCGAGAUCUUACAAACACUUCGGUAAACAUUUCCAGUGGUUUAAUGGUGAGCUCAAGGCAGAUACGUCUGUGUUGUGGAAUAAAGGAUCAAGAAAAACUUUCAAGGGCAGUGGGUGAGGAUGCUGUGGGGGAUUCAGGAGGAGGCCGAGUGAAAGCCUGCCCUUGGUAGCACCACCCGCCCAGCGAUGGCACCACCCCUGGCUCUGUUCCUGCUGCUCGCCAUGGUCCGCAGCACUCUGUGCCAUGUGACGGUCACAUCGUCUCGUGACUCGGGCUUCAGUCCGCCACCGGGGUCACUCCCAUCAUCCCUCCAGCCAUCCCAGCUCGCACCGGCGUCUCCACCCUCCGAGGAGCCAGCUGGAAGGUCAUCUGGGGCCGGUGUCCUCCAGCAGGGUGCUGAUGAAGAGCCGGGCGUACAGGAGGAAAGCAGGAGCACGGAGGAGGACCCGGGGUCUGGGAAAAGACGUCCUGAGAGGAGGCUGGUGUAUGUGGCCGGACCUGACGGGGAUAACCUGGAUGGCCCGCCAGCCUUCAAACAGAAGCAGAUUCAAGAGGUGACUGGUGUUACAGUGGCAGCACACAAGGACACUCUGGUGGAGGGUCCAUUACCCAGCAGCCACUUGGAUAGCAGGCACAGAUGGAGUGUCGCACUCAGCACGCCAGCUUCUCCUGUGUUGACCCCUAAAAGCUCCGACAGUGGUACAAUCCAGGUUCGGACGAGUUCUGCUAGCAGUGCAUCACCUAGAGCCACAAAAACCCCAAGACACAAGCAGGACACCUCUGCAAUGGUACGAGUCCUCACGUUAAAUCCCUUCCAUAGUCCAGACCAAAGCUACCACCCCAAACUCCCAGUUGCUGCUGUGGUAGGGGAAGAACAAAUGAGAACUGGGAAGGGACUGGGGGAACCAGAGUAUAUAGCUGGAGGUGAUGAUUGGCUGAUUGCUGGGUCAGGUGACCUGCCCUCAGCCAUGGGCAGGGAGGAGACGUCCUCUGCAUCCCAUUCAGUCAAGAGUGACACGCUGGCGAACGUUCAGCCAGAAGCCCAGGCUACUGCUGGAUUUACCUCUGUGACUAAGGUGCCCACAAGUUCCACAGUCAUCCAGGUUCCACAGCUGAGGCCCACCAUUGAAUCGCUGGCCAAGUCUUGGACAGGGUCAGCUGACCCUCAGACCACCACAUCAAUUUCAAGAGAGACUCGAAAACCACUCAUCGUGAGCAAAGUCGGCUUAGAAAAAGCUAAAUUAGUGAUGCAGACCACCACCAGUGUCAUCUUGCCAGAUCGUAAAUCUACAACUUUGAUGAGUGCAACUAAUCAAUCGACAAAGACAGCCGUCACAGAGCUGACCACCGGCACAAGUUCCACGUCCCUGUCCCCGACCGGCCAAGGGUCGGGCCCGAAGGCAGGUCGCAUGCUGGAGAAGAACGCGUCUGUCCUACUCGGACAUGCCCCCACACUCCCGGCCCCCUCCCCUAGCCCCCUGGACCCGUGUGUGUCGGGGCGGGGCCCCUGCCUGUCCCCGACCCCCCACAACGGCACGCUGCUGCUGUGGGCCGACCUGCAGCGCAAACUGUCCUUCGCCUGGGAGCUGCACGUCUAUGGCACGGCUGUGCUGUUCCUGCUGCUGGCAGCGGGGGCGCUAGUGGGCCUGUUUCUGUCACCGGGCCUGUACUGUCCCCACCGGGGCUGCCUGGCCCUGGCCAAUGCGCUGCUGCUGCUGGCGGGCACCCUGCGGGCCGUCCUCUUUUUCCUGGACCCGUACGGCGCCAGUGAGGUGCUGCCCCGCACAGGCGUCACCGCGCUCUACAACCUGCCUCUGCCGCCGCUGAUCUGGGCGCAGGCGUCGCUGCUCCUGCUGACACUGCGAGCAGCGGACCAGAUGGGGCUGCUGCCUCUAGGCCUGCAGCGCCCCCCACUGGCGGCGGUGCUGGCCGUGGUGCACUGCACCGUGCUGCUGGCGGCCGACCUGCUGUCGGCGGCGCUGUCUCCUGCUGUGCCAGCAGUGCUGCAGCUGCUCUCGCUCACCUGGGGGCUGCUGUUGUGCCUGAGCUCCCUGUUGUACGCCUUCCCCCAGCUACUGCGACCUCCGGCCCCUCCCCUGGAUGAGCCUGUGGCCCGGGCGGGCUGGCAGCCGGAGGGACUGUGGUCGCUGCGCAUCUUGGGCCGGGUGAUGGUGGUGUGCACCUGCCUGGGGGCUCUGUGCUGCGGCCUGCAUGCCUACGCCACCUUCUGGCUCUACGGGUGGCUGGGCCACUGGCGCUCCUUCAGCUGGGCUUGGUGGCUCGUUCAGUUCUGGGCCCGGCUUCUGGAGCUGGCCUGGUCCGCCUUCAUGCUGCUGCUGGCCUCCUGGGUCUUCUGGCGGCCCCGGGACCGAGAAGCAUGCCCGGCCGACGUGGCGGCGGGAGUCGAGGCGCCAUCUUCCUCGUGCUCGUCCUCCUCGACGCAGAGGCACCCGUGCUGGGCCAAGAUCGUGCAGAGCCUCCGGGGCCGGCCCUGCAGGAAGUCCGACAGCGGGGGGGCGGGCGAGGUGCCCAACAACUGGGCGGGCCAGGAGCGGCCCGGCGCUGACAUCAGCAAGAGCCUGAUCCGCAACCGCGACCAGGCCCCCGGCUCACGCAGCGUGAAGGACAGUAACCGCGGGCGCAACCAAAAGGGUGGCGCUGUUGACGGCUCCACGGGCUCCCUGCUGCGGCUGCAGUCUCUGGGCCGCACACCCCGGCGCUCCCUCAGCAGCAGCCUGGAGCGUGACAAGGACUGGGUCCAGGAGAAGGAAUCCAUCCUGUCCCUCGCAGACUUCGACCUGCGACCCCCCUCCCCCAUCGACCUGAGCCGCAGCAUCGACGAAGCUCUGCACCGUGAGCACCUGCUGCGGGGGGACGGCUUCUUUCGGGGCCUAUCGCCCCCCUCGCCCACAUCCCCGGGCCCCCGCCGUCACGCCCUGACCUCCUGGCCCCGCCGCAGCAGCGACCCCCAGGUUAAUCUGUCGCAGAGCUGCAGCCGGGAAGAACAGCCAGUGGAUGGGGGAGAUGCGACUGAAAGGCAGGCGGCUGCGCCAUCGACGCCCACGCUGCAAUGCUGCACGUCAGAGCAGGACAAGGACGCCAUCCAGAGGGUCCCCACCUCUGCGUCCUGCCCCGUCUCCUUCCGGCCCCACAGAGGCCCAGGCCGGCUGCGUGGCUCAGGGGACGACGACACCAAGCCCUUCGUGACUCCAGACUCGGAGCCUGAAGGAGGGGCAGCUGGCAUGAGCCAGGGGGGCAGCAGGGGCCUGCUGGAGGUCAGCCGGCAGGACGACUCGGCCAGCAUGAGCAGCGAGAUCAUCGACCUGUGAAAUCCCCGACGGCAUCUUCGCACCGAGCGGAGCCAGCGUGGGACGGCUGACCGCUGGCCGGCACACGUACUGACCAAGCAUUUUAACAGGCCGAUUUGAGACAUGAAAAGGUGUGUCACCCAGCGAGCUGUGGCACCACAGGGGUCGUAAAGUCAGGGGUGAACAGUGGACAGCCAGUUGUGGGGAAUGGGGAGGGCUGUGCUGCAAUGCACUGCACUGAACUGCACUGAACUGCACUGCACUGCACCUAACUCUACUGCCCCGGGAUGGACUGAAGACACUUCACACUGUGUAACACCCUGCUGACAUUUUAGGGGUUUAAGUGUCUAAGUUUGGCUUUUUGCCCUGGACAGAGUGACAGGCACCAGGCCAAAGAGUGAAUGAUACAGAGGCGUGUUUACAUGCCUAAACCCAAAAGGACAGCGUCAUGGCGUCAUGGUGGCUCAAGACCCAGACUUCUAACCUAACUGUGAAUGGCUUUUGGAGGCAACCCGGCUGAAGCAGCCGCAGUGCUCGAUCUGAGGAGGAUCCGCGCUCAGCACUGAUCUGAGUUCGAAUCAUGUCCGUGAAUUACAUUGUAUUACAGGGUAAAAUGUACAUCUAUACGCCAUUUAAGUGGACCUUCUUAAGUGAGAAUAACAACUGAUUACAACCAACUAAUUACCAACACCAACACUUGAAUAGUGGAUUUGUUUUCACCUGCAUUAUUACACAGAUCCAUGUCAUUGGCGGCUUUCAUUAUUUGCAAGGUUAGAUCUUUGUAUAUUAUGAAUAUGGCUGCCUGCAGUGACUGUAUCAUGUCAGAGCCCUCUGUCUGCAAACCCCAAGACUCUUCCUCCUGAAUUUUUGGUGGUAUAGAUGUGCCAUAAGUAAGGAUGUGGGAUGGUCACGAGUCACGAGUGUUGCCCUUUGCACCAAAGCCCCCACUCAAUACAUAUGACUGAAGGCACCUUAAAAGGGAGCAACAGGGCUCAUUAUGGUUUUGUACAAAGACCCCAGGAACAUAUAGCAGUAAUGUGCCUUCAGGUGUUUGACAGUGUGACAAUCUGAGAGAAGCCAGGAGAGAAAGACCAUACUCCAAUUGUGAUGGACUGACGUGACGUAAAGCAGUCCUUAAAAUUUGCACUACCAGUUAAAACUGUGUCAUUAAAUUGUGUUAUAUGCAGAAAAAUACCAUGAAAAUCGCAGUGCUCGACACCGAAUAGAAUAUGUACAUAAAGUGUGUGAAGAGAUCUGUUCAUCUCAUGACACAAAACAUUUAUUCUUUCGGUUUAUGAUCCAUCCCAUAGGCACAUGGCCCGUUGUUCUGCAACGCGGUUUUCAUAGAGACAAAGGCCUUAAAAGUACGGCUGCAUUACCAUACUGAUCAGAUGUCAUCAUCAUGGGGCAUAGUUGCAGUUUGAAACCGCUUUAUUGGAGCACUCUAUCAGAAAAGUACCACUUUCCAAUGUCUGCUCCUGGGGUGUCCAAAUGUAUUAUCGUAGUAGGGAGAGUAACAUCACACAUCAUUGUCUUACAUCAUUCAGCAAAUCCACUUGAUAAUGAUCACAGUGAAUGUAUGCUUGCAGUUUUGGAAAUUGUCACAUAUGCCUGCAUUCGAAGGCGGUGGCAGCUUUAAAUACAUACACAGCACAGUUCUGUCAGCAAGUUUUCUUGUAACGUGUUUGUCAGCAGCAGACCAGCCUAGGAAAGCUGGGCCGUGAGAUGAAUUUGAUAUUGAUAUAGUGAAAUUCAUCUUUCAGUUAUGAUUGUUUAGUGCAGCAUUCCCAAAUCUCAACCACCUGGUACAAACAACUCUUCCCAUCUUGCCUGCAGUCUUCGUCCGGGCCGAAGGUCCAUGUAACUUCCCAGCAAAAGGAAACUUUUGGUUGUGCAGUACUGUGAUCUUGAUUUGGUAUUCGUUUGCUCAUGCCUGGUCAAGUGCCGUUCCAGUGUUGUUUUCAGCACUCUGAUCCUUCACUCCAUCUCACUUCUCUUUUCCCAGUUUGAUCUUUAUGUCAGAGUCUCAUAUCAUAUUUUAAAUAAAUGUAUAAAAUUUAAAACCUCAA